ACCCCCAGCCGCGUACCUGCCGGAGCCCCGGCCCGGGAUCCCCCCCCUUCCCCGGCCGGCGUCGAUGCUGAGCGGGCCGGGGGCACUGCCCGCCUCCCCCGCGCCAUGGACGGCUUCUACGACCAGCAGGUUCCCUUCAUGGGCCCCGGGAAGUCCUGCGCAGAGGAGGCCCGGGGCCGGCCGGGCUCCGAGAGGAAAAGGAAGUUUUUGGAGACCGACCUGGCCCACGACUCGGAAGAGCUCUUCCAGGAUCUCAGCCAGCUCCAGGAGGCCUGGCUAGCUGAAGCUCAGGUCCCUGAUGACGAACAAUUUGUCCCAGAUUUCCAGUCUGACAACUUGGUCCUGCACGCCCCUCCUCCAGCAAAGAUCAAGCGGGAGCUGCACAGCCCUUCCUCGGAGCUGUCAUCCUGCAGCCAUGAGCAGGCUCUCUGCACCGGCUAUGGGGACAAGUGCCUCUACAACUGCUGUGCCUACGACAGGAAACCCUCCGCCGGGUUCAAGCCAUUAACGCCGCCCGCCACCCCCGUGUCUCCUGCGCACCAGGGGUCGGCCCUGCCGCCGCCGCCGGCCCCAGCCGUGCAGGCAGCUGCCCAUGGGGCGGCCCCGGCGCCGCAGCCGCUGCAGGAGCAGAGGCAGCAGACCUUUGCUGUGCCACGGCCACCUCACCCGCCCAUGCACAUGCCAAAGAUGAUGUCUGAAAACCAAUACCCCGCAGAGCACAGGUUUCAGAGGCAGCUGUCUGAGCCCUGCCACCCCUUCCCACCUCAGCCUGGGGUCCCGGGGGAGAGCCGCCCCGUCUACCACCGGCAGCUUUCCGAGCCCCUCGGCCCUGCUGCCCCCCACCCCCCUCAGGGAUUCAAGCAGGAAUACCACGACCCACUCUAUGAGCACGGCGGCCCCAGCCUGCCCGCCCCCGCCAGCCACAGCUUCCAGCCCCCCAUGGGCAUCAAGCAAGAGCCCCGGGACUACUGCAUCGACUCAGAAGUGCCUAACUGCCAGUCCUCGUACCUGCGGGGAGGCGUCUUCCCCAGCAGCCAUGACGGAUUUUCAUAUGAAAAGGACACACGAUUGUAUUUUGAUGACACGUGUGUGGUACCGGAGAGGCUGGAGGGUAAAGUGAAGCAGGAGCCCACCCUGUACCGCGAGGGCCCUCCCUACCAGCGGCGCGGGUCCCUGCAGCUCUGGCAGUUCCUAGUCACCCUCCUGGAUGACCCCGCCAACUCACACUUCAUCGCCUGGACCGGCCGGGGCAUGGAGUUCAAGCUGAUCGAGCCUGAGGAGGUGGCGCGGCGCUGGGGCAUCCAGAAGAACCGGCCGGCCAUGAAUUACGACAAGCUCAGCCGCUCCCUGCGCUACUACUACGAGAAGGGCAUCAUGCAGAAGGUGGCCGGCGAACGGUACGUCUAUAAGUUCGUCUGCGACCCCGAUGCCCUCUUUUCCAUGGCCUACCCCGACAACCAGCGUCCCUUCCUGAAGAUGGAGCCCGACUGCCCCGUGCCCGAGGAGGAGACGGUGCCGCUGACGCACUUCGAGGACAGCCCGGCCUACCUCCUGGAGAUGGAUCCCUGCGGCAGCCUUCCCUACGCGGAGGGCUUCGCUUACUGACUCGGCCAGCCCCGGAGCCACGAGCACUAGCGCAUCCACUUUGGGCAAAUACGGUUUUGUAAAGAAUAUUUUUUGCUGUUCUUAAAGGAGGAAAAAAAAAAAAAACAAACCACAACAAAAAACCACCAACACACAAACAACAAACUGCACGCGUGCACACACACGAAUUUGAGGAAUCUAAAACGCCCGGUGUGUGUCACUGCUGAAUUCCCACCCUUACUGUCCAAGGGCUAGUGCAUAGGACUGCCCGGGGCUGGCACCUCCCGCCAGCCACUGGGGUGAUGGGAGCUAAAAACGCAGUCUCUGACCCAGUCCCUGUUCCUUGCCAGCACCGCAGGGGCCCGUGGCUCCAGCAGCGCCCUGGUACUGGGCUUAGCCGGCGUGGCCACCUGGCCACUUGUCAUGACAAUCUGCUUUGCAUCCAGCGCGAUCCGCGUAGCUGCCUUGUGUGGUGGAAAGGGCUUUGAUUUGCACAGAGGAGGGAUGGGGGGGGCUGCCUGGGCCAGCACCCCAGGGCUGAUGUACGCAGCAUCCUACCCCAACCCUAAGGAGCCUUCUGCCUUCUUCCCGAACUGCCCCUCCCCGGUGAUAUAACCCGAUAUAACAGUUUCCCAGCCCCCCCCCGGGUCCUCUCCGUGCCCCUCUCACUACUCUUCCCCAGCUCCAGCUGCGUGCCAUGGGUUGCAUUUCAGGGGAGGAGACCCCUGACACUAUCUCUCUCUCUUUUUUUUAUUUUUUUUUGAUGUUUUAGGAAAAAAAAAAAGUUUCUAAACUGAUUUUUGUAGAUUUUUUGUAUUUUAAGGCAAAGCUAUUUUUUGCAGCCUGGCUGCUGUUCCCGGAGCCCCUGGGGAUGCCCCCCCAACCUUGGCUUUGCCGGUGUCACAUUUGCGGUGGGGAGCCCUUGGUGCCCACAGCUCCCGGGGACGGCUGCUGAAGUAUCUGGUCCACUCCAUUUCACUACUCGAUUUCUCUUUCCCUGGAGAGCCAGGACUGAACCCCGGUGCCGGCUCGGCUGCGCUCCCCCUGCUCAGCAUGGCCUCGGAGCUGGGCUGUAGGGCCGCCAUGGGCAGGGACGGUGGGUCCCCACCCCACUCCCCUCCAGCUCCCCCAUCCCCGCUGCGCCUCCUAACACUCCUCCACCUCUCAUAUAUCCAUACCUGCUUACCCCUACCCCCACUGGCUAUAUGUUUUUGUUGUAAAUGCUGUAUAGGAAAUUUUUUCUCUUCCUUAGUUAGCUUUGGUUGGAUUUUAAUUUUUUUUUUUUUUUGACUGAUUCAUUCUUUUUUUGGGAAGUAUGAAGAUUAACUCUGGGUAGACUUGGUUGCACUCCCUGUGGUGGCUGCAGUGGCCUGUAUCCACAGGGAGCGUUGGGUUGUGGGAACCCCACCGUGGGGACAGGGUUUUAACCAUGUGCUUGGUGUGGCAGGUCUAGGGGUUAAUCUGAGGACUGAUCUGAAAUAAUCUCUACUCGAGCAGGGCUAUGUAAUUCCUGCAAAGCUGCAUUACAUUCUGUACUGUGUACAAUAAAGGAUCUUGCUUUCUGUU